UCAAUUGAAGUUAGCAUCUCACGUUACAUCAACGCCAGCUAUUCACGCGUUACCGGACGCUGGCAAGUGACUGCGUAUUACGUAUCGAAGCGAUCAAUGCAUAGCUAGGCACUACUGAUGGCAGCUGAUUUCUUUUUGAGUGACCGGUGUGCUACAUAUGUAGUUCAACACCGAUGGAUUUCAUAUUUUCCAAGUCUCACCCAUUUCUCUCAUGUCGUCCUCCUUGCGCUUUUCUCUUCUCAAUUCAUUGCCAUCCACUCUAGAGUCGCAAUGGCCCGAGGCUAACGAAUCACUCAUAUUGGAACCAUACACAUAUAUCACCUCCAAGCCCGGCGAGGACAUCCGCACACGGCUCAUCGAGGCUUUCAACAUAUGGCUUGCAGUCCCUAGCGACCAACUCGAGGUCAUAGACCAUGUCGUUCAAAUGCUGCAUAAUGCCAGCUUGAUGCUCGAUGACAUAGAAGACGAUGCGCAGUUGAGAAGGGGACAACCUGUAGCGCACAAGAUAUAUGGCGUCCCCCAAACCAUCAACACCGCCAACUACGUAUAUUUCUCCGCUUAUAAGGAGCUCUUGAAGCUUAGGAGAUCCAGGGGCGCGGACGAGAAUGUGGUGAGGGUGGUAGGCGCUAGUGAUUUGGAUAUAGUAGUUACGCAGGAGCUUUUAAGUUUACACCGUGGGCAGGGGAUGGAGAUCUUGUGGCGAGAUUUGUUGCAGUGUCCGACGGAGGAAGAAUAUAUCUCUAUGGUUAACAACAAAACGGGGAGUGGAUUUAGGAUAGCUAUCAAGUUAAUGAUGGCACACGCAACGAGGAACCUUGACAUCGAUUUCGUCCCUCUGGUGAAUAUUUUCGGAGUGUAUGUCCAGAUACGAGAUGAUUACAUGAACUUGCAAAGCACAGAGCACAGCGACAACAAGGGCUUUGCAGAAGACCUCACAGAAGGCAAAUUCUCUUUCCCAAUCGUCCAUGGAAUACGUGCGGAUGAACAGAAUCGAGUUGUCAUGAAUGUGCUACAAAAACGUCCUACAACACCGACCCUGAAGUACCACACAGUUGACUACCUCCGCACACAGACAAAGUCAUUUGAGUACACACUCGCGGUGAUGAGCAGCUUAGAGCGGCAGGUCCGGGAGGAGAUUGUACGCCUUGGCGGGAAUCCCCACCUCGAGAAGAUAUUGGAUGUCCUGCAUGUAGAACAUGAUUUACAUGAUUUGGGUGGGUGUGUAGACGAAGGAAUUGUACCUUAAGUUGAGAGUGAAUAUUGGACUCGUGACCG